AUGAACCUGGAUGCUUUGUUCAAGCAAAUACAGUUCACAGAGAAGCAGGCCAGGGAGAAAAGGUCCCUUAUCCAACAAGCUAAAUUCAACAUAAAUAGAAGUUAUGAAAAAAUUAACCAAAUAAAAGAGGAGCUGAGCACUGCAAAAAUGGAAUUGGAAAGUAAGGUUCAACAUCUGUCUGAGAAACAGCUCUGCCUAGAAACUCUGAAGAAACGUGAAGACAGCUUAGAAAAACAGAAAGCUGAACUUAUGAAUCAAAAAAGUAGUCUUCUUAAAAUUUUGGCAGAUGCAAAGAGAAAAAUGACCGAAGAGGAAGAUAAUUUUACUAGAGAAGUAACAGAGUUUAACAAUGAGUAUGGACUAACAAGUAACAGAGAUCUUCUGGUUAAAAAAAAGGUCAAGACUGAAUUAAAUGAAUUAGAGACCGAGGCAGCCCUGUUGAAAAAUGAAAUGGAAUCAAUGGAACAUAAAAAUGUUCAGUUAAAUGCACUCCAGCUUCAGAAGAAUGAAUUAAAGCAGGAUUUGUGUACUCUCCAAAGUGAACUCAAAGACCUUGAGAAAGUAAUCAGGGAGGCUGCAAAAAUGACAAAGGAUUUAGAAACAGAAAAAGUCCAAGUUGCUGAAAAACCUCAGACUGAUCCUGAAUGUUUGAGGCUUAAGAAAGAACUGGAAAAUUGCAAAGAUGAUGACUGGGAAAGUAUCUGUGAGACUCUUCGGACUGAAAUUGAAAUUCUGCAAAUGAAUCUAUCACAAAAAAAGUCUUCAGGCAAGUGA